AUGCCUCCAAAGCGGCGUGGAGCUGCCGCCAGCUCAGCACCAGCUCCGAAACGUGGGCGUGCAUCGAAGCUCGCAAAAGAGAACAACAUCACAGCCGAGGAAGAAAAUGAGAUCAAAGAAGUCUUCCAUAUGUUCUCAGAUAAGAACGAGAACUUUCCAGAUGAGAAGGAAGGCGUGCUGCCCCGAGAAGAUGUGCGCAAGGCAUUAGUGGCUCUUGGCCUCCCACCCACAGACUCGAGCGAGCUCGCCGAAAUCAUAUCCGCCCUCGAUCCGACGUCAUGCGGCUUCGUACCCUACAGCCCCUUCGUCUCAAUAGCGGCUGCGAAGCUACAUUCGCGCGAUGAUGAUGCUGUGUCGGCCGAGGUGGACGAUGCGUAUCAACUAUUCACGCGCGGCACGCGCGGUCCCAUUACACUAUCGCAUCUGCGUCGCAUUGCGCGCGACUUGAAGGAAGAUAGCGUGGGAGACGAUCUACUCAAGGACAUGAUCUUGGAGGGCAAUGGUGGUGCUGGACUGAGUGCUGGUGUCACUUUGGAGCAGUUUCAUGAUGUCAUGACUCGGGCUGGUGUAUUUUGA